AUGUCUCCAAUAAUAAAGCUACGCAGAUGCGAUAUAUCUCUCUGUGUGAAUCUAACCCCCCGGCGCUCAUAUAGAGGGUUACCGCACGCACCUGGUCACUCAACUGACCAGCGACAUCUUUCCACCACCCACACACUCGACAACACAGCAAUGCAGCAGUCGAAUUUCCUCGGUGAAUUUUUCAAGACCCACAGAUGCUCUGAAAACACGAUCAAGUUCUUUUCCUCGAUACCGUGGACUCGUGAGAUACUGCAAAACGAAAAUUACAGGACCGUCCCUUUAUUUUCCCGUUAUUUGAACGAGACGACGGGCGAGAAUCGUUUCUUUGCCAAAUCGGUCAAUAGCCAUGAGACUAUACCUCAUCUGUUGGCAUUGAAAACAAUAGAGCAGAGGGGUCCGGAGGAAACAUCAUCAUACCCUCUCAUUUUCUUGAUCUCACUUCGCCAAGGUCUGGAUUCACAUCCAUCCAUCGUCCAUGGAGGAUUUCAAGGUGUGAUUCUAGAUGAAGUUGCGAGGAAUAUGAUUUUGAUGCACCAUGAUGCAACAUGUGACCCUGUGCCGAGGGACACCCACUUCACUGCCAGCAUGACAAUAUCCUAUGUUGUCCCUGUGACAACGCCUGGUGUGUACCUUGUUCGAUCACAGUUGACUAGACGGGAAGGGAGAAAAUGGUACACAAAGGCUGAGAUUGUCGACAGCAGUGAUAAGGUUUUAACCAAUGCUGAAAGUUUUUGGGUAACAGCAAAGAGAUGUUGA